AUGGUUCCUUUUGAUCCACAAACAUCGAAAAGGUUUGGUGGAAUCAAGAAGUGUUUAUGCGACCAAAGUAGUCUGAAAGUAAUGUAUUCAUACACUGAAGGCUGUUACACACUUGGCGCAGCAACAUCAUUUAGAUACCAGAUUAGUCCUGUGAACAAUCGAACGUUGCUCACAUAUUUCAGUAAUAAAAAUUGCCAACUACCAUACUAUGACUCUUAUGAGUUCACCGGUAGUGUAGAUGGCUGUACAGAGGGUAGUCCUGGAAUCAAUUGGUACAUAAAGCUCUUUAGAACACCGAUACCACCACCACCAAUUCCAGGUUAUUACUAUUAUGAACAGUAUUUGGAAGGCGAUGGUUGUAGCAGCAAAACUAGCAGCAACGGUAUGAGAGUAAAUAUUUUGCCAGGAACUUGUGUGGUCAACCCAACGAAUACAGGUUCGAUGUAUGCAGAUCCACCAGUAUCACCAAAUCAAAUGAUGAUGAGUUAUAGUACAGGAACCUGUCCAAAUUGGAAUGUAUCUUCCACCAUUGUCAAGAGUCCAAUUAACGCCGGAUGCACUAUGAACGAACCUUAUAGAACUAAAAACCUUGUUCUCGUUCCACCAAACAAUUUCUCAAUGAUAGUGGAACCACUUAUUGACCAGAUCAAUUUAAAUUUUAACCAAAGUUGGACUUUUAUAAAUACCUCUUCAUUUACCAUUAGAGGUAACAUUGACUCUUACCCUGUUUCCAAUUGGUGGACCUACAAUACCUCAUGUUAUGUUACAGGAUGUAGUUUAUACGAUGUUAGAUGGGAGGGUCAGAAUGUAACAUUGGAGUAUACAUUGAGACAAAUUCCAAUGAUAAUUUUAGAUAUUCCAUCACCACCUCAAUAUAAUAGUUUUACAAUGCGCAAAAGAACUAUUAUGGAAAAGAUUAAAAUUCUUUCAAUAUAUACAAGAAAUAUUACUAUUUCUUAUUCAUCCCUACUUGGAAUUCCUGGAGAUGUUUAUCAUAAUAUUACAGUGGAUGGUAGAUUCUUAUUGAAUAAAACCAAUUGUAAUUGGGGUUCAACUCUAGAGUGUACCAUAGGAACUAGCGAUUUUGCAUCAUUCCAACCUGGUAGUAGUCAUGGUUUAUCGAUUUACUCUACAACACAAAAAGGAAAGUUCAGAUCGAACAACACAGAGCAAAUCAAUUUCCAACUAUACACUCUCGUCGAGAAACCAGUGGUCACAUACAAUCAGAGUAAAGGUGAUCUCUAUUUAACAAUAACAGCAGGUGGCGGUAUACCAGGAAUGACAAACUAUGAAGUAUACUUGAAUGGAUCAAGAUUUACAAACUGCACCUACAAUGAAUUCAUUGAAAAUCUAUUUGAUUGUACAGUUUUCAAUAUAUCACCGACCACCAAUUAUUCCUUCAAUAUUAUUUCAAACAAUGAUGUAGAUACAAACAGUACAUUGACAUCAUGGCAAACUUGGCCAGCACCUACACCGGUAGUAUUAACAGCUACACCAGAUAUGCAUUAUGUUUAUUUAUCAUGGACAGAAAGUACAGGUGGUCAACCAAAUCAUACAAAUUAUUAUGUAUAUAUUUCAUAUGGAGAGAGUAGUUGGAGAGUGGUGCCAGGUUGUCAGAAUUUCAAGGAAUUAUCUUGUAAUAUUUCAAGUUUAGUUAGUAGUACAAAGUAUCUAUUUAAAUUAGUUGUGGAUAAUGAUGCAUUCCCAAGUUUAGAUUUUUAUGCAAAUUCUACAACCUUAUUUGAUCCAAAUAAUAUUUGUGAAGGACAAAUUGUUUGUAGUGGAAAUGGAAAAUGUAUAAAUGGUAGAUGUGAAUGUUUCCAAGGUUGGGAUGGUGUAAUUUGUAGUUUACGUAAACCAAUUGAGCAGGUUAAUGUUACAGUUAAUCCGGAUCCUCAGUCACCGAGAAUAAUUAUUCAGGUCGAUAGUGUUUCCUAUGAUUAUACAGUGACAGAGGUGAGUGAACAGAGCGAUAUUUUACAGAUAUCCACGAUGAAUCUGACAGCUCUGACAUGGGAUUUGAAAUAUAAUAUCGAAACAAUCAAUCAUCCCGAUAAUAAUUCACCAUUGCUGUACAAGACUUGGAUCUAUACUUCAUCAAACGAUACAGGUGAACAAGAUCAUAUAAAGAAUAUUACAAUUACAUUCAGUCAGUAUGUGGCGUUGAAUGGCACAAUUGGCGAUACCUAUCCAAGUAGUUUUGCAGGUGACGAUUUCCAGAUUAAGAUUGGUGCAAUCAAAUAUUAUAUAGAAUUGAACGGUUGGAAUUUCAGCUCUUCAUUAAACUACUUGGUCGUAAACUCUUUGAUUUCCGCACCGAUCGAUCAAUGUGGAAGAUCUUCAGAUGCAUCGUCGGUAAAGGAAGGAUCCGACAGCUCCACCGUUACAAUUGGUGAUGGAAAUGUAGUAACCGGAAGACUAUUGAAUCGUGCGUUGAUCGAUGACAUCCCGAUGAGAGUCGCCUACUCUACAGCACCGCGAGACAAGCGUACACUACUUUCAUCUUCGAUUCCCUAUUUCGAGAGACGAGCAGAGAUUGAUCCUGAUUUCUCGCUGAUGCUGAAAACAGAUAGUAACGGUAACAUUCAGAAUGAUCCAUGUGACGAUGACAGUAAACUCGAUACAAUGAAAAUCAUCAUCGGUGUGGUAGUUGGUGUGGUCGGUGCCAUUGCCGUAGUAAUCGCAACAGUAGUGACAAUCAAACAAAUCAAAAAGAACAAAGCGGAAAGAAGAAGAAUUGCAUCAAGACUUAAGCGAUUACAAAAUGAUACACCAACUAGCGCACCAACAACAACAACAACAACUCCAACAACAACUCCAACACCAAAUGUUUAA